AUGUCAUAUGUCUAUCAAAGCGAGGGCGUUGUGUCGGAGGAAGGUGCAAAUCCGUUUCUCGAGCACCUUCCCUCUGAUACGCCCGUCUAUCGUUACGACCGACAGUGCGCUAUUGAGAGCCUCCUUCCUCCGUAUUCGGUCGAGGAUCGCUUUAUCGUCUUGAAGGACUUCCCGCUAGAGACACUAACCGAACGCGAGGAACAAUUACCACAACGCUGUGACUAUUCGCCACCACUUCAGAUUCUUAUCAUCACAAUGUCUGGUCAACCGCAUGAAGAAGCGGCCAGCAGUUUCGAGAUGAUGAUUGGGACCCUCGCCGAAGAGAUGAAAGUCUGGAGACGGGUUGCAGGCUGCGGAACCACUCGAAUCGAUACCCCUGACCGAAGAAAGCAGGCAGACCGGUCGUGGAAGCCAGCCCGCCAAGGGAGGAAAUUUCCAACGGUAGCAUUGGAAGUCGGCUUUUCCGAGACAACUGCAAAACUGGAAAAGGAUAUCGCUUGGUGGAUCAACGAAUCAAAAGGCGAAGUGAGAAUGGGGGUCACGGUCGACAUCAAAAGAAGAUCCGGCUGCAUUGAAAUCAAAUCCUGGACCCCAGCAUUCGAGCCAUCACUACACCGUGACUAUGUCACAGCAAGCGGCCGCCACGUCGUCAAAAGACACGCCGAUGAUCUCCCACUACCUCAUAUCGCCCAGAGAGUUCUCUUCAAGAGAGGCAGAGAUAGCUCCGGUCAUACGAUUGAAGGGGAGGGCCUAACCAUACCAUUCCAUACUCUCCUAUUGGAUGAACCAGGAGAAGGCGAGAGGAACUUCGUGUUGACAGCUGAAAUGCUGUUGCAGAAGUUGGCAGAGCGUGUCUGGGAUGCGAUCGACGACGCUGAAAUGAUCCAGGCCAAAGAGAGAGACUAG